UUGUUUAAAGAGAUGGACACAGUCACCUACGCACCGCCAAUAUGUGCACCAAGCUGGUGAUCGCAGGCUCCGUGUCGGGCAUCGGCAUUGUCCUGGUGGCUCUGGGAGCAGGACUCGGAUGGGGUCUCUUUCCAGGGGUCAUCGAGAGUGAAAUCACUAAGAACUUGAUCCUCUCGAUGGGUAGUGCAUCUUACGAAAACUGGGUAAAACUGCCUCAGCCGAUGGAAUUUAAGGUUUACAUCAUGGAAGUGGAAAACCCUGAUGAAGUCCACGCAGGAGCCAAACCAAAAAUGAAAGAAACUGGGCCGUUUGUCUAUCUAGAGACCAAGGAAAAGGAGAACGUUGUGUUCAGCGAAGAUGGCGAGACGGUGGAGUUUGAGCAAAGGACCUUCUUUGCAUUCAGUCCUGAACUCUCCGGAGCCCUUUCGGAGAAUCAAGAAGUAACCGUGCUGAACGCCGCGCUCAUGGGCAUGAUGUUGACCCCUGAAGCGGACGACGCGGCCGGCAUCAGCAUCGGAUUAGCGGCCGGUUAUCAAUUCCUAUUUGACAAUCCGGAGACUGUGUUCACCACGGUCAAGGUCAGAGACCUUUUGUUCGACGGCGUCCUGGUCAGAUGCGACGACAGUAGCUCAGAUCUCUCGUGGGCAGCGGUGUGCUUCGGUCUGUCCACGCAAGAACUGCCACCGGCCCUUCGAUACGACCCUGAAUCCGGAAACUACUUUUACUCUUUCUUCAACCACAAAAAUGGAAAAACCGACGGCCACUUUAAGGUGUCGACGGGCAAGAGUGACAUUCUGAAAAUAGGAGAAAUCCUCGAGUGGGAAAACUCUGCCGUUCUCCCAUAUUGGUCCGGUCCUGAGUGCAACGUGAUCAGAGGCAGCGACGCAACAAUUUUCCCGCCCUUCAAAACCAGAGACACAAAGGUCUACGUCUUCACCACAGACUUGUGCAGGAGCAUUUAUCUGAGCUACGACAAGGACAUAGAUCAUGAGGGCAUUUACGGCUACCGUUAUGUCGUGGACGAAGACCAGCUCGGAAACGUGACAGACCAGCCUGACAAUUACUGCUUCUGCCCUCCCAACGGCGCCUGUUUGCACAGGGGAGCCAUGGAUCUCACCACUUGCUUUAACGGUCCUGUCAUUUUGACUCUGCCUCAUUUCUAUCAGGCACCUGAUUAUGAAAAAUUGGUCGAAGGCAUGAGGCCCAACAAAGAGGACCACCAAAUCUACCUGGACAUGGAAAUGAACUCUGGAGCGCCGUUGAGCGCUGGCCGCAGGGUCCAGUUCAACAUGAUGAUCAAACCGGUGAGACGCUUCGGCAUCACCAAAGACCUUCCUGUGGCCGUCGUUCCACUUCUGUGGGUCAACGAGGCGCUCACCCUGAAUGAGGAAAACACAAACAUGCUGAGGGAGGCCCUGAUUAACAACCUCAUCAUUGUGGACGGUGUCCGCUGGGGCUUAGUUGGCGCUGGGGCUGCUGCAUUUGUUGCCGGAGCAGCUUUGUUCUUCGUCUGGAGGGGAUCCAGCAAAAAGUCUGGCGGACGAAGGCACUCCUAAAUAACAACAAAUUUUUGAUACAUUUUGGAAUUCGAUUUAUUACAUAAUAUUUAACAAAAUGGCCAAAUAAUUAUUUAUCAAAAACCUUCUCUA